UCUGCCGCUUCUGGUGCUGCUUGUGUGCUCGUUCGGUGUGGACCUGGUACCUCUUUUGUGAAGCGGCAGCUGAGGAGACCCCGGCUCUCGUCAUGGCCGACGAAAAACCCAAGGAAGGAGUCAAGACUGAGAACAACGAUCAUAUUAAUUUGAAGGUGGCGGGGCAGGAUGGUUCUGUGGUGCAGUUUAAGAUUAAGAGGCAUACACCACUUAGUAAACUAAUGAAAGCCUAUUGUGAACGACAGGGUUUGUCAAUGAGGCAGAUCAGAUUCCGGUUUGACGGGCAGCCAAUCAAUGAAACAGACACACCUGCACAGUUGGAAAUGGAGGAUGAAGAUACAAUUGAUGUGUUCCAGCAGCAGACAGGAGGUGUCUAUUAAAAAGGGAGCCUGCUACUUUACUCCAGAACUCUGUUCCUACACACCAAGAAUACAUUCUCAAUUAGAAAAACUGCAAUUUGGUUCCACCACAUCCUGACUACUACAGUAUAGUUUUCUCUAUUCUUUCAUUUUUCCCUUCCCCAUUCCUUUAUUGUACAUAAAGUAACUGGUGUAUGUGCACAAGCAUAUUGCUGUUUUUUUUUUGUUUGUUUGUUUUUGUUUUUUUU